AUUUUUUAAUGCAAAGACUUGUUCUAUAUACAAUGAAGAAAAAAACUUUGGCUAUCAUAAUAAUCAAAACUUCAUUAUAAUUAUAAUUAUUAUUAUUAUUGAGAGAAGAGAAGAGAAGAGAUAUGGAGGAUGAACAACCUUAUAGAACUGCCUAUCAUUUUCAACCCCCAAAUAAUUGGAUGAAUGAUCCUAAUGGACCAAUGUACUACAAGGGAGUAUACCACUUGUUCUAUCAAUACAAUCCAAAAGGUCCAGUGUUUGGUAAUAUGGCAUGGGCUCAUUCGGUAUCAUACAAUCUCGUCGAUUGGAUUCACCUCGACAUAGCCUUGAACCCUACCGAUCCAGAUAUCGAUAUCAAUGGUUGCUGGUCCGGUUCAACUACGCACCUUCCAAAUGACAAAUUAGCCAUUCUAUACACAGGAAGAGACUCUAAAAAACACCAAGUUCAAAAUUUGGCCACACCCAAAAAUCCCUCAGAUCCUUUUCUUAGAGAAUGGGCCAAAUCUCCACUCAACCCAAUAAUAAGCCCAAGCCCAGAUUUUGACCCAAAAGAAUUUCGUGACCCAACAACUGCUUGGUUGGGCCCAGACAAGAUUUGGAGAAUAGUGAUUGGAGCUAAGAUGGGAAAUGGUAAAUGGGCCGGACUUUUAUUCAAGAGUAGUGACUUUGAGAAUUGGACUCGGUCCACUAAGAGCCCAUUUAGUAAAUUAUUUGAAAAUAAUGAUUUAAUAUUGGAGUGUCCUGAUUUUUUUCCUGUGGGAAUCAACGGCUCAGAUGGUGACAAUAAUUAUAUGAAUAAUAAUGAUCAAUAUAAUUAUGAGAAGAUGAAGAAAAAGUAUGCUUUGAAAGUGAGUUUUUUAGACAAUAAACAUGAUUAUUAUGUAUUAGGGCAAUAUUGUCCUGAAACAGAAGAGUUCAAUCCUGAAAGUGAAGUAAUUGAUUUAAGAUUAGAUUAUGGAAAGUUUUAUGCUUCGAAAUCCUUUUAUGAUCAUGAACAAAAGAGAAGAGUAAUAUGGGGUUGGAUUAUGGAGUCUGAUAAUGAUGUUGAUGCUAAUGUUAGAGGCUGGUCUGGACUUCAGUCGUUUCCCAGAACAAUUGUUCUUAGUGAAUCUGGGAAGCAAUUAAUACAGUGGCCAAUAGAAGAGAUAGAAAAACUAAGACGUGAUGAGAAAGUUAGUCUUCAAAACAAAGAGCUUCAUAGUGAUUCAAUCUUCGAAAUUUCUGGUAUUACAGCUUCACAGGUGGAUAUUGAAGUUUCGUUCGAAAUUGAAGUAUCUGAAUUAGAAGAGGCUGAGCUAAUAAACCCGAGUUGGAUUAAUCCUCAAUUACUUUGUAAUGAGAAAAAUUCAAGUGUAAAAGGCAUAUUUGGACCCUUUGGUUUGAAGGUUUUGGCUUCAAAUGACUUAUCAGAACAGACUUCAAUCUUCUUUCACAUAUUCAAAACCAAUGAAACUGAGAAAAAGUUCAAAAUUCUAAUGUGUAGUGAUCAAAGCAGGUCUUCAUUGAGGGAUGGAGUUGACAAACACAUAUAUGGGACUUUCCUAGACUUAGAUCCUUGUCAAGAGAAAAUAACAUUAAGAAUUUUGAUUGAUCAUUCAAUUGUUGAGAGUUUUGGUGGAGAAGGAAGAAGUGUUAUUACUGCAAGAGUUUAUCCAAAGUUGGCAAUUAACAAAGGAUCUCAUUUAUAUGCAUUCAACAAUGGAACAAAGAGUGUUAAGAUCUCAAAUCUUAAUGCUUGGAGUAUGAAAAAUGCUCAAUUUGAAUCAAGGAUUGGACAAGAAAACUUCUAAUUGGUUUGAAGUUAUUCUUUUCAAUUAAUUCCAAUAAGUGCUUUUAGCAUUAUUUGUUUUGAGUGAAAUUUCAAAGUAUAUUGUGCUUCUACGUUGAUUGGGCUUCUAAUACUGGAAAAGUACUUCUUUGGUUGGUUGAGUAACUAGUAACUUUCAACUUUUAGCUCUAAAAACUCUUUCAACAUAAAUCAGUUUUAAUAAUUUUUUCAGGAAGAGCUUCCUAAAAAACUAGAAACAAAAAGUAAAAAUUCAGCUAAAAGCGUGAUUUGUUGCUUUUUGUACCUUCUUUUGAUAUUUUUUCAUACUUGGUUUUAUGGUAAUGUUUCAUAAGCUAAUUUGUUACUCAUUUUGCAAUGAAAUAAUUGAUUAGCUAAAUUUUAUUUACUAAAAUUAACAUGGCAAGACUCUCUUAUAUUUAUGGGAUAUUUGUUCCUUUAACAUUUACACAUAUGACCUUAAUAAAAAAGGUUUAUCUUAUGAUUUUAUUGCAGUCAUAUAUUUUUUUAGUUUUUAUGCUAAUUAAGCCCACUAAAUGUCAGCUCAAAAAUACGCGACGAUAUAUCUUUUUAGCUUAUUUAAUAUGUGGUCCAAUAAUACGUCACUAUGUGUUUCUGAGUUGACACUUAAUGAUUAAAAAAUAAUACGACUGCAACAAAAUCAUAAGAUAAGGUACUUUUAUCGCUAUUUUUUUUUAUUAAGGUCAUAUGUGUAACAAUUAUAAAUGUUGAGGGGGUUUCGAUGCAAAUAUCUCAUAUCUUUUUCUUUGGUUUAUUUUGCAUUUAUAUUUUAGGUAUUUGUUUCUCUAUCUUUUCCUCCAACUCUAAUAUUUUUAGUGGGUUUUGUGUUUGCUUUGGGUUUUAUUUGAUUAUUAGAGUGUAUAAUAUUAACUCACUUUUAUUUUUGUUGUUUUUUAUAUAUGAUUUAUCUCCUUCUUCUAUUUUUAUUAUCAUUAGUAGUUUUUAUUGUAUAUUUGUCUCUUUAGUUUUUUUUUGUUUUAUUUUUUCUCUCUGGUUUUAGUUUUUUAUUAUCUUUAUUUUUGCUCCAUAUUGUAUCAACUCUAAUUUUUGAGCAAUUAAAUAAAAAUUUAAUCGAAAAUAGAGAAUGAAGUUAGAAAUUAAGUUAUUAAGUAUUGAUAUAAUAUAUAUGUUUCAAAAUGAAUUUUAAAGUUAGUGUCGUUUUUAAAAUUUAGUUAUUAGACAUUGCGUAUUUUUCAUUAUGUUGACUUCUUUCCUUGCGAAAGGUUUAAUUAGUUUUAGUUGUUGUUGAAGGUUAGAGAUGGAAAUUGGGCGGUUAAUGUACGGGGAAUGCAAUCCCAGGCCCCAUCCCCGCUACCUAUAUAUACCCCCGUCCCCUCCCCAUCCCCGUCUAAUAACCAACGGAUUCGGGGUAGGAGAAUACCCAUCGGUUAUGGGGAACCCAUCGGGUAUCCAUUAAGGUAUAAUGGAAAAAAAAAAUUGAUUUAAAAUAAUUGAAAAAAAUAAAUUAAACCAAUAUUCUCACAAAUAUUUAUUAU